AUGAAAGAGUUUGUGGGUAAAAAUGUGUGUUUGAUGUGUUUGCCCGUGUUCUGGACGAGCGGUUGGGCCAUUGAAAUGUGGACCCAAAGCGUAAGCACACUGGCAGUGAACUAUUAUCAGGCAAGGCAUGUGAAAUCGGUGACCGUGGUCAGCUGUUGGAAUGCUGACGAGCGAUACGAAUUCUUUCGCUUGAUAACGAAAGCUGGUUUGAUGGUGAAUUUUAUGGAACCAACGGAUGAAGAGUCGAUCGUUACGCUACACUCCAAUCGGAUAUCGCAAGGUGGUCUUUUGAUUGAUGCAUCCUGUGGAAUGGAGAUAUCGGAGUUCUGGCAAAUGGAGCAUGCUCUGAACAAACUUCUGGUGGGAAAUUUGCAUUGGUUGAUUGUUGAAAACCCGGUGCUCUUAGAAAGGCGACCGACCUCAGAAAGUGGAAUAAUCGGUGGAUUACCGGCGCCUCUGGAGUUGCUGUACAAUGAACGAUUCCGCACGCUCGAAGCAAUGCCCUACACGAGUGUUGUUUUAGCAUUCCCGAAUGCUGCCGCUAGCUGGGAGCUGCAGGAACUGUUCAAACCCUACCGAAAGGCCUUACUGUCGAUGGAAAGUAUUGCAUCCAAUUACACGCCCACGAUCGAUGGCUACGAGGAGUUCCGCGAAAGGCUAGUCAACCGGCGAGACAAUGCUGGACGGCGUCGCAACUUGCAAGGAUUCGCCAUGCCAUGUGGAACAGCGACGACAUCUCCAGAAUACUUCAAAGGAAUGGACGAUCGGAACGAUGUGCACGAUUUGUUCACCAAAGCCAACUUCCCGUUCAUUAGGGAGCUGAUGUACGAUCUGAACUUUACGCUCAACAUGGUACAGGUGGACAAGGUGGGCUACAAACACAACGGCACCUUCAGCGGUGUGAUGGGCAAGUUUCAGAACCACUCGAUCGAGCUCGGCUGUCUGGGCACUUUGAUGCGCACCGAACGGCUCGAGGUGGCCGAUUUCAUGAUCGUCACGUUGAUCAUCAAGAGCAGCAUCAUCUUCCGGCAGCCGCCACUGUCGAUUGUGGCCAACAUCUUCGAGCUGCCGUUUAGCGUUGGUGUGUGGGCGUGCUGUUUCGCAAUGAUGGCCAUCUAUUGGGUUUCGAUGUUGGCCUUUCGCUACCUGGGGCACGCCGAAGAGUUUACGCCGAUUGAAACGUUGGUCUACAUCUUCGGUACCAUGUGCCAGCGGGGAUACGAUAUGGUGCCGCACUUCAAUGGGACGCGCCUGCUGAUGUUUUCGCUGCAGCUGACCAGCUUCUUCAUAGUGACGUCCUACUCGGCGAGUAUAGUGGCGCUGCUGCAGAGCCCCAGCCGGGCGAUUGUGAGUGUCGGUGAUUUGGUGCGGUCCCCGCUGAAGGCCGGUGUUAUGGACACUAGCUAUGGCCGGGUGUACUACCAGGAAACGCAAGACCCGGAAGUACAGGAUCUCUAUCGGAAGAAGAUCAAACCGCACGGGGACAAGGCGUUCAUGGAAGCGGGCGAAGGUAUUGCGCGGGUAAAGCAGGAGUUGUAUGCCUUCGAGGCGGAAGUGAAUGCCGCCUACAAGGUGAUAAAGGAAACGUUCGCACCGGAGGAGGUGUGCAAAUUGCAGGAACUCGAAGCCAUCAAACUGCCACCGUUCGGCAUACCGAUCGUAAAGGGCAGCAAGUACCGGGAGUUGAUCCGGCAGCGGUUGAUGUGGCAGCGGGAGGUCGGCAUUAUCCGGCGGUUCAACAUCAUCUGGAUACACCAGAAGCCACAGUGCGAAAACCAAAACGCGGGCUACAGCUCGGUCGGUUUGGUGGAGAUGCGCUACUUGUAUUUCUUUCUCGCCGUCGGGUUUCUGGCCGCGCUCGUGACGCUGCUGGUGGAACGGUCCCGGUGGCAGGACGUGGCGAGGCGAUGGAAACCGUGCACGGGCAAAUAA